CACCCUCUGCCCCGCCGCAUCCCCGCUCUUCCCGCCACAGCCAGCUCUAAGAUGCCCCGCUAUGAACUGGCUUUGAUCCUGAAAGCCAUGCAGAGGCCCGAGACUGCAGCUGUGCUGAAGCGCACUGUUGAGGCUCUUAUGGAGAGAGGAGCCAUUGUGAGGAACCUAGAAAACCUGGGAGAAAAGUCUCUACCUUACAGAAUCUCCAAGCACAACGAGCACCACAGAAGAGGAUGGUAUUUUUUGAUAGACAUAGAAGCCCCACCUUCAGUUGUAUCAACCAUGAUGGAUCAUUUAGGACGUGAUAUUGAUGUAAUUAGACGUGGUUUUGUAAAACAUCAGGUAUCAAAGACAGAAGAAUGCAGUGGCAUAAUCCCAGUCAACUAUGAAGAGAAACUAAUUGCCAAGAAGAAGUGAAUAUUCCAAAUAGCAUGUCUGAGACUUUUUAAAAAUAUUUUUUUAUUCCUGCUUUGGAGAACAAUUGUGAUAACUAAUGUCCAUCAAAAAUAAUCAGCUUUGGCCAUGUUAUGUGUGUGGUAUAGUACACUAUUUUGAGUUAUUGUAAUGUUUGAGGUUUCUUUUUGUUCAUAAUAAGUUGAAUACGCUUAAUCUGUACCCUUAUUUUGAUAUUUGACAACUCUGAAAAUUAGUUUUCUUUUAAAGCAUUAUGUUGAUAAUGAAGAUUUAUCCAUUAUCAGAAAGCUAAAAAUAGUGUUCUUUUCCAAAGACAUAUUACUUCAAAAUAUGUAUAUUUACAUAAAAGACUAAGAAGUCUACAGUGUAAAUAUAGCAGUAUAGGAUGUGAUUUGUUGGAGGUUUUUUGAUUUGUUGGAGGUGGGUUUUUUGCUUGAUUUUGGAAAAAGGUAAUAAAAG